UUUCCCUUUCCUCGGCUGCAUUUCCAAUUUUUUCUGUUUCUCUGAAUUCUUUUAUAAAGUGAAAGCCACCAUAGCCCAGUGAUUAGAGAGCUUUGGACAAACAAACUGACAAGGAGAAAGUUAGAGUAGAAGGGAAAGUGGGAAUCAAGGGGGUCCCCAAGCCUACAAAACAUCAAAGAUCUGGAAAUUGUGACGUGGAAAAGAGGUGAUACUCCACCUCCAACAUGGCCGGUGAUCAUUUGAUGCUAGCCCCAAUCUGCCUGAUUGAAAACAAUAAUGGGCAAUUCAUGGUGAACCAGGAAGCACUGCAGGUGCUUAGGACAUUUACCCAGCCCUUAGUGGUGGUGGCCAUUGUGGGACUCUAUCGCACUGGAAAAUCCUACCUGAUGAACAAACUGGCAGGGCGGAGAACUGGCUUCUCCCUUGGAUCCACCGUGCAGUCUCACACCAAGGGCAUCUGGAUGUGGUGUGUUCCUCACCCCACAAAGCCGAAUCACACCCUCGUUCUCCUGGACACCGAGGGCCUGGGUGAUGUGGAGAAGGGAGACAACAAGAACGACACGUGGAUCUUUGCCCUGGCUGUGCUAGUGAGCAGCACCUUUGUCUACAACAGCAUGGGCACCAUCAACCAGCAGGCCAUGGAAGACAUUUAUUAUGUAACAGAACUGACAGAUAAAAUCAAGGCAAAGUCCUCCUCCAGAACUGAGCAGAUGGAUGACUCCAUGGAACUUGUGAGCCUCUUUCCAGACUUCGUGUGGACUGUGCGUGACUUCAUCUUGGAGCUGGAAAUCGAUGGGCAGCCCACCACCCCUGAUCAGUACCUGGAGAAUGCCCUGAAACCAAAGAAAGGUACCAGUGAAGAAGCUGGAAUGUGUAUCCAGAAGUUCUUUCAAAACAGGAAAUGCUUCAUCUUUGUGCCACCUGCUUCUAAAAAGAAGCUCCUAGAGAUUGAGCAACUUCAUGAUGAUGAACUUGAUGCAGACUUUGUGGAAAGUGCUGAAAACUUCAGCAAUCAUAUCUACAAUAAAGCAAAGACCAAGAUUCUCCCCGGAGGUGCCAUGGUCAAUGGGCCACGCCUAGGAAACCUGAUUGAGAACUAUGUGGAGGCCAUCACCAGUGGAGAUAUCCCCUGUAUGGAGAAUGCGGUCUUGGCUCUGGCUGAGCUAGAGAAUUCAGCUGCAGUUCAAAAGGCCUUUGCAGUGUAUGAAAAGAUGAUGAGACAGGGGAUCCAGUUCCCCACAGAAACCAUUCAAGAACUGCUCUGUUUACAUGACAUCUGUGAGAGGGAAGCCAUUAAUGUCUUCAUCAAGGACUCUUUCAAGGAUGUGGACCAGAAAUUCCAAAAAGCACUAGAGAACCAGCUGAAAGCCAAGCUAGAUGAGUUUUGUAAACAAAAUGAAAGAGAGUCCCAAGAUCGCUGCACAGCUUUGCUUCAGGAUAUUUUCAGGCCUCUGGAGGAAGCAGUGAAGCAGAAUGCCUUCUCCAAACCAGGGGGCUAUAACAUCUACCUUCAGCAGAUGCGAGAGCUCCAAGAGAAGUACAACCAGCAGCCCAAGAAGGGGAUCCAGGCAAACAAGACUCUGGAAGAAUACUUAAAGUCAAAGGAAACUGUAGCUGAUGCAAUUAAGCAGGCGGACCAAAGGCUUACUGAAAAAGAAAAUCAGAGGAGAGAGCAGGAGAGGCAAGCACAAGCUGCAGCAGAGGCUGCAAGAAAGAUGGAAAUGGAGCUAAGGAGGCAGGAGCAGAUCAACCAGGAAAUCCAAAGGAGACAAGAAGAAGAACGAAGACAAAUGUUUGAACGUAUGGAAGCCGCAAAGAGAAGAUUGUUGGAAGAACAAGAGAGAGAGAGGACUAGGAAACUAGAGGAAGAAGCACGAAAAAUCCAGGAAGAGCAUAAUAGGGCAAUGGCUGAACAGUUACAACGGCUCCAAGAAUUGCAGCGCCAAUGUCAUAGACAUAGAUCGGGUGACUGUACGAUAUCGUGAAGAUAAUGAACUUCAUCAUCUCUAUAUUUACAGCCUUGUGUGGAUCCAGAUGGAAAGAAUCAGUCACUCUGCAACAAUCUCUCCUCUUCCUCAGACUCUUCCUCCUCCAGUAGGAGUUAGUUCUAUUUAGCCAGUUAGCAUCUUUUUCAUCACACUCAUUUCUAGCUCAGAAACCAAUCAAAAAGGUCUCCCUUUUCCUACAUUAAGUGGAGAGGAAGCAUCUUUGAUUUUCCAUCAUGAACUGAUUAUUAAUGGUUAUCUCAAACAGGAUGUCCCAAAGACAUCUUAAAUUCAACCUGUCUAAAACCAAAUUCAUUAUCUUCCCCAAUAAAUCCUGCCUCUUCUAAACUUUCCUAUUACUAUUGAGGCUGCCACCAUUCUGCCAGUUACUCAGGAUCAAACACAGGUGUCAUCCUGGACUCUUCACUCUCACUAACUCCAAUAUCUAAUUUGUUGUUAAGGCUUGUUGAUUUUACCUUCAUAAUAACUCUCCUGUAUAAGUCCUACUUUCCAUGCACACAGCCACCAGUCUGGUGCAGGACCUCAUUACCUCUUAUCUGUAUGAUUCAAUAGCCUGGUGAUUCAAGUCUCUCCUCUCCGGUUCAUUUUCCUUUCAGUUACUAAACCAAACUUCUAGAAGUCUAAUCUGACCAUGUCAUUCUCCUAUUCAACAAACUCCAGAGGCUGCCAGUUGUCUCUAGUAUCAAAUAUAAAAUCCUCUCACUUUUAAAGACCUUGAUUAUCUGUUCCCUUUCCAUUUUUCCAGUCAGCUCCUCUCUACAUACAGCAACACUCACCUUGUUGGUCUCCCUGUGUACCAUUAUACCUUCUAACUCCUCCAUACCCUUUUCACAGGUUUUUUCCCUUUGUUUGGAAUAUUUUCCUCUCUUUGUCUCCCACCUAGGGUUUUCUCUCUGAGAUUAACUCUUCUUUUUCUUGAUCUAUUUUGGAAUUAUAUUAUUGUUUAAUAGUAAGCAGCAGUUUUUUGCAUUUCCUUGAAUUCCUAUUACUUAGCACAGUGUCUGGCAUAUACUAGGGGCUUAAGAAGAGCUUAUUGAAUAACUAAAGGACUACAAUGCUACAAAAUAGAGAGUACAACCCUCCACUAUGUUCUCCAAGUAUCUUUAUUUGGAGGUAUGAUUGGAAAAAAAACAGGCUGUUAUCAGACAGUCCUCUCCCACGAUAAUAAAACUGUUGAUAUUCUGUC